CAAGAACGGAAACUUGAAUUCUUGAAUGGAAGUUUAUAAGAAUUUUUGUACCACUUCUCAUUAAUGAUAGGUACCUACCUAAGGUAGUCUAGAUCUGACAAUCUAACAUAUCCCACUAUGCCGACAAUAAGUCUAACGGCGCUAACUCUUAGUCGUGGGUUAAGAUCGAUUAGCGAUCGGUCUCGACCUCGGACAUCUCCGCUCGGCGCUAAGAAAGACGCCACGAGAAAAUCAGGAUUGGGGAAUUCUGCGGAUCGGUGGUUGGUAGGCGUUCCGAGAUUAUUACUCAUGUUCAUGUUCAUGUUCAUGUUUGCGUUCACGUUCUACGCGCAAAUAUGCCUGCGACCGGUGUCGUGACGAGGCGCGCCUCGAGUGUCAGCACCACAGAGUUGGCUAGACAGCGUGAUCUUCAUAAAUACUACCAGCCAUGGGUCGACUCCAAGAAGUUAAAAGCUGUGCCUGCGGAUAUGGGUCCGGAUGCGUCCCGACCAGUGCAAUGUUCUCACGAUACCACACUUACCGCCCUUGCUCAGCUAGCUACAUUAAGACUGGACGUCAAACGCGGUAUGGUAUCUCUGAUAGAUUCCAAUACGCAGAUUAUUCUCGCGGAAGCCACCAAAACUUUGUCGCUGGUUGACGAAAGACGGCACGCUCCCGGGGAUCACAUCUGGCUAGGCCAUGUGUCUCUCCCACGUCGGGAUUGUAUGGAUGAGCAUACUUUCGGCUCCACCAUCACCUAUAAAGACAAUGAAGGUAACGACGUCGAUAUUCCUGCAUUCGUUGUAAACGACACUCUGGAAGACGACCGCUUCAAGCACAGGCCGUAUGUGACAAGUGGAACUAGUGUAAGGUUUUACGCUGGCGUACCUAUUGUCACCAAGCUAGGACACGCCAUCGGCGUUUACGCCGUUUCCGAUAUUCGACCGCGACCUCAAGGCCUCAGUCUUGACGAGGCUCAGUUUAUGGAAGAUGUUGCGCAGAUUGUGGCAGACCAUCUUGAAAGGGUCAUGGAUACAAUGAGCCGUGUUUCGGAGAGGGAUUUCAUGAGGGGUAUAUCUUACUUCUUAGAAGAUUUAUCCGAGUAUAAGUUCCAAUUAAGCAACGCCGAUCGCUCCAUACACGCCGCCAAAAUGAGGCAGCAGCCGGAUGUGCAAGCAACUGAUCCUCAAGUUGAUCCUCCACGUGGGAGAGCCAGCGAGCCGACAUCCCCAAAUUUAGCGCACACGUCCAUUUCUCCUACUAGGGAUGCGUCCACACAUAGCGAAGCCCCUAUAGGCCAAGGUCCUCGAUUCUCUAGGGAUGGCAAUUCCCACGGCAAAGAAGCUCCUGACUCGUCAACGGAUAGUAUUCGUAGGAUCUUUACCCAAGCCUCACAGUUACUCCGUCAGCAAGUUAAGGCUACAGGCUGUAUAUUUACAGAUGUCGCCUCGGGUCUAUUCUCUAGUCAACCGGAGGGGGCGAUGUCACCACUACAUUGUACCCACCCGGCCGCCUCUUUGGAUGUCAAUUUUGAAUCAACUGAGGACGAAGAAAUAGAUGGCGACACAGUCAGAGAAGAUAUGCCAUCUCCAGGAUAUGGACCUACCUUGUCUCAGGCUAGUGUCGGCGAUCGACUAGAUGAAAUGGCUGAUGUCCUUGGCGGCGAUAAUAAUGAUUUCCCUCAGGGUAUAAUUAAGCGUAAAAAUCUCAAGAAAUUCAUCAUGCGCUAUCCGUUCGGCAAAUCAUUCUACAUAAAUAAAGGACGCACGAUGUCUAACCACACUGCAAUCCGUGACGAAGUAGUCGCCGGUGGUGGUGCCAACUAUACAGCGUUGAAAGCGCCCGCGGAAGAUGUAGAGGAUCAACCCCAUAUGCUCUUACCACGGGAACUUCUAAACUGUAUACCGGAUGCCAAAUGGCUGAUAUUCCUACCUCUUUUCAAUUACGCCCAAAGACAGUGGUUUGCAGCAGGUUUUAUCUGGGGCGAUGACUUUAAGAUGGGCGACCCUGCCGACGCCUUGCCUUACAUUAAAACCUUUGGGUCCUGCAUGAUGAGCGAGGUGGCGAGCAUGGAAGUUUUGAACACGAAUAUUGCCAAGUCUACGUUUAUUGCUUCUAUAUCUCACGACUUGCGUUCUCCGCUACACGGGAUGCUCGGAAGUCUGGAGUUCCUCGAGGAUACCAUCACAUCAGCAUACCAGACGAGUCUGAUCGGAGCGAUUGAGACAUGCGGAAAGACUCUAUUGGAUACCAUUGACCACCUUUUGGAUUAUGCUAAAAUCAACAACUUAAACCGCACAAGCGCGCGACUUAACUUGUCUAAGGAGACGAAGACGUGGAAAGGCUCGCAAGAUAUUGGGGAGCCACUAUCCACCAACUUCGACCUUGCCCUCCUAUUGGAGGAAGUUGUAGAAGCAGUUUUUGCCGGCCAAACGUUUCGCAAGAUCAAUCUCCGACAUCACGACCUUGUUGAGGAUGCGUCCGAAAAAGGUAAAGCAAUAAAUGUAGAUCAUUCGUCAACAACUGAAGAACAAAUUCAUAGUGGCAGCGUUAAGUUUUCUGGAAAGGUUUUCCUGAUACUUCAUAUCCAACGUUUGGCGUCUUGGUGUUUACAAGGUCAAACUGGAGGUCUUAGGAGAGUUAUAAUGAACGUUGUUGGAAAUGCCAUAAAAUACUGCAAAUCCGGAUACAUCGACGUUUCAUUGGAGGCAAAGGAAGUCACACCAUCUAAUUACGAGGUAUAUCUCUCUGUCAAGGACACGGGCAUUGGCAUGUCCAAGAACUUCCUCACAAAUCAUUUAUUCAAACCAUUUUCGCAAGAAGAUUCCUUCACACCCGGUACUGGUCUCGGGCUUUCCAUUACGUCCCAGAUAGUGAACAAUAUGGACGGCAAGAUUCAAAUCGAUAGCGAAAAGGGAGUCGGGACACAUGUCAAUAUCUCCAUUCCCAUGAAGACUGCAACUACCAAUGGGUCUUGCGGCGGCAUUCAAGACGAUAUCCAGCGCGAAGCUAUGAAACUUACUUCAGGAAAGAAAGUAUGCAUUUUGGACCCGUUACUAGGUACGCAUCAUGGAGAAUUGUUAAAGCUGGAAUCUUCCAUCUCCGCCUUCUGCCAGGAAUGGUUCAAUAUGACCGUUAUUGAAAGAAAAACCGUCGAAACCGAUCCGGAUACAGCGGUUUACAUAUAUGCUGAGCCGCCGCCAAUAGAGCACCUAUUAAGACAACACUUGGAGCGAAAGGAGAUGGGCAUUUCGGGGAAAGAGCCCGCUCUUAUAAUUGUUUGCACGAACGCUUUCGAAGCUGCGGCGUUGCGUGCAGCCGGUAUCAAGGAUUUGGUUUCCCUUGGCAGAAUAGUCGAGGUUAUUAGCCAACCUGUAGGAGUAAGAAAACUAGGGAAGGUUCUACUUCAGUGCCUUCAACAUGUCGAGGCUAGCGAAAAUCAGCGGGCCCAGCUCGCUCGCUCUAGAGCACCCUCGCCAUCUUCCGAAAGCAUCCAGGCACGUGGAUACGCGUCUGAGGUUGGAUGGAAUACUUCCUCAGUUGUCUUUGACGAGAAGGAAGGGAGAUACCGGCCCUCGAUUGACGCUCUGAAAUGGAAAUCCGAUCAGCAGCGGUUAAAAUCGCCAUUGGGAGAAACUAUCCAACCAGAGCUAUUACACCCUAAAACGGUUAGCGACCAACACGGCCCCGCGACAAUACAGCAUGGCCGGUCUCGGUCUGGGGAGCACACGAGACGGCUACCUCGCAUCCUUGUGGUAGACGACAAUGCGAUAAACCUAAAACUCCUCGUGACGUUUAUGAAAAAGAUCAAGCUGCCGUAUGCUGAGGCUGUAAACGGGCUCGAGGCUGUUACUCAAUUCAAGGAGGCCGAGGAGCCGUUCGAUUUCGUGCUGAUGGAUUUGCAGAUGCCUGUUAUGGACGGCCUCGAAGCAACUCGGCAUAUCCGCGAGUUCGAGCAGGAGAGAGCGGGGGACCGUACCGCUGCGCCACCAUCUACUAUCAUUGCCAUCACAGGCGUUGGCAAUGAGGCUACACGCCAAGAGGCCAUGGAUGCGGGCAUGUCGCAGUUCUUGACUAAGCCUGUCAAGUUCAAGGCUUUGCAGCAGCUUUUGUUGGAGCAAGAUCAGCCAUCAUGAGGUGGCGUUUACAAGCGAGUGAAUAUUUUAUUUUGGUCGGGUCAAAGAAGAGGUCAGGUACAAUGUUCGACCGCCGGUCCGGGUUGACGGUACGUCCAUAUAUGCAGAU